AGCCAAGGGAGUCUGUGUGUGACCAAGGAGGAUGGCAGGAGAUUGAGCUCCACGGAACAGCCAGGAACUGCAGCCAACUCGGUCUCCGGCAGAAUGUUCAGCUGGGUCAGCAAGGAUGCCCGCCGCAAGAAGGAGCCGGAGCUCUUCCAGACGGUGGCCGAAGGGGUACGGCAGGUGUUCGAAGGGCUACGGCAGCUGUACGCGCAGAAGCUGCUGCCCCUGGAGGAGCACUACCGCUUCCACGAGUUCCACUCGCCCGCGCUGGAGGACGCUGACUUCGACAACAAGCCCAUGGUGCUCCUGGUGGGCCAGUACAGCACGGGCAAGACCACCUUCAUCCGACACCUGAUCGAGCAGGACUUCCCGGGGAUGCGCAUCGGGCCCGAGCCCACCACCGACUCCUUCAUUGCGGUCAUGCACGGCCCCACCGAGGGCGUGGUGCCCGGCAACGCGCUCGUCGUCGACCCGCGGCGCCCCUUUCGCAAGCUCAACGCCUUCGGUAACGCCUUCCUCAACAGGUUCAUGUGUGCCCAGUUGCCCAACCCAGUCCUCGACAGCAUCAGCAUCAUCGACACGCCCGGGAUCCUGUCUGGGGAGAAGCAGCGCAUCAGCAGAGGCUACGACUUUGCGGCUGUCCUAGAGUGGUUCGCCGAGCGUGUGGACCGCAUCAUCCUGCUCUUCGACGCCCACAAGCUGGACAUCUCCGAUGAGUUCUCAGAAGUCAUCAAGGCCCUGAAGAACCAUGAGGACAAGAUCCGUGUGGUGCUGAACAAGGCCGACCAGAUCGAGACGCAGCAGCUGAUGCGUGUGUAUGGGGCCCUCAUGUGGUCCCUGGGCAAGAUCAUCAACACCCCCGAGGUGGUCCGGGUCUACAUUGGCUCCUUCUGGUCCCAUCCGCUGCUCAUCCCUGACAACCGCAAGCUCUUCGAGGCCGAGGAACAGGACCUCUUCAAAGACAUCCAGUCUCUGCCCCGAAAUGCUGCCCUCAGGAAGCUCAAUGACCUAAUCAAGCGGGCACGGCUGGCCAAGGUCCAUGCCUACAUCAUCAGCUCCCUCAAGAAGGAGAUGCCCAACGUCUUUGGUAAAGAGAGCAAAAAGAAAGAGCUAGUGAACAACCUGGGAGAAAUCUACCAGAAGAUCGAGCGGGAGCAUCAGAUCUCCCCCGGUGACUUCCCGAGCCUGCGCAAGAUGCAGGAACUCCUGCAGACCCAGGACUUCAGCAAGUUCCAGGCCUUGAAGCCCAAGCUGCUAGACACGGUGGACGACAUGCUGGCCAACGACAUUGCCCGGCUGAUGGUGAUGGUGCGCCAGGAGGAGUCCCUGAUGCCCUCCCAGGCCGUGAAGGGUGGCGCCUUCGACGGCACCAUGAACGGGCCCUUUGGGCAUGGCUACGGCGAAGGGGCCGGUGAGGGAAUUGACGAUGUUGAGUGGGUGGUGGGCAAGGACAAGCCCACCUACGACGAGAUCUUCUACACGCUGUCGCCCGUCAACGGCAAGAUCACAGGCGCCAACGCCAAGAAGGAGAUGGUGAAGUCCAAGCUGCCCAACACGGUGCUGGGGAAGAUCUGGAAGCUGGCCGACGUGGACAAGGACGGGCUGCUGGACGACGAGGAGUUCGCCCUGGCCAACCACCUCAUCAAGGUCAAGCUGGAGGGCCACGAGCUGCCCGCCGACCUGCCCCCACACCUGAUCCCACCCUCUAAGCGGAGGCACGAGUGACGGCCUCAUCCGCCAUCCGCGCCACCCCCGCUUUGUGUCUGCCGGGCAGGGAGAGGCCCGGGCGGCAGAGACUGGGGGAGGGGAAGGGUCACCAGUUUCUCAAGGUCCAUAAAGACAGCGGAUGUUUCCCCAGCUCUUGAAAAGGAAAAACCACCAUCUUUCUUUUAAGGCUGUUCCUGGGCCCAGCGGGGGAGGCAGGGGUGAUCCUCGUGUGUGAUGAUGGAACUUUGUGCACAAGAACUAUGGAUAUUUUUAAUAUAUACCGUUAGAGGCAGCGUUCUUUCUUGCCCCUCCUGUCUGACAGCCCCAUGCACGCAGCUGUCCUCUCCCAGCCUCUCCUCCUGCCCCGGCUCCAGCUAGACAGCGCGGGCAGUGACUGACCACUGUGACCACGGCACCAGCUCACUGGACGCUGACGCACCCGGGCUCUGUUCUGGCAGCUGCUGGCCCGUGGCUGUGCCAACAGCACGGGCACACUAGUUCGUGGAAGCCAAGGGCUGCUUGGCAGGCGGGCAGGUGGGCAGGUGGGCAGUGGCUUCCUUCCCCAUCCAGCUCGGCCCCUCCCUCUGCUCUGGGGGACAGGUUCUGGUGCCUCCCCACCCUCGGGGCUCCCUAUGCCCUCUGGGUGGCCCUGCUCGUUCCUCCUGCCCACAGCUGGCAUCUCACCCAGCUCGGUAGUCACUGCAGCAAGGCCCCGCUACCUUAACCUUUCUGGGGGGUUGAGUGAGAGAAGUCUUCCAGGAAAAUACAUAUAAGCUAGUUUUGUCCUGUAAAGUGACACCUUUCAUACUUGACCAACUUUUCCAGGAACUUCCCAACCACUUGUUCGAAAGCUGUGAUGUCCGUCUCCCCUUCUCCACACUCCAGCCUAGCUCCACCUAGUAGCUGUUAGAUGUGGAGUAAGAGGGGAGCCCCCUCCGCCCCACCUGAGGCCCCAGGGUGUGUUUCCUGGCUGAGGAGGGGGUGACAUGCCAGCUCCUGCUGCUCCUGGCUGAGGGAGAACUGCCCUGCACUAACCCUCUCACCUCACUGGGGCGCUCUGGCACCGCCCUCCCCACCCUCGGUGGGCAUGGGACCUUGUGAACCUGGUCUGGUCUGACGCAGGCAGGACUAAGCCCACGCUCUGGCCUGGGCCCAGUGUCCAGACAGCAGAGCCCCAACAAACCCGGCCUCCCUCUUUUCACCCCCUUUCACUUCCUGUCUUCCUUACUCUCCUGUGGAGCAAAGGAGGGCAGCAUGUGACUUGGAUGCCCUUAGAACAACCCCUGCCCCCAGGCUGAGCAAUAAGAAACCCGAGCCAGGGAGCAGUGCCCAAUUCAGCAGGCGGCCCCUCUGCCAGAGCGCAGCAGAGCACAGUUGCGGCCAGCCCCUGCUGGGCAGGAGGGAGGCUAGCAGAGCUUCCGGUCAGGCAUCACACAGUGGGCCACGAUCUCUCCUGCCCACGCCCCCUGCUGAUGCCCUGGUCUCCAGGAUCUGGCUGUGUCACCCCCAGCUGCCUGUCACUCCAUGCAGUAUUGGGUGAAGACGGAGGAGGGGCGUCCCCAUCUCGAACUCUGCUGAAGGUGCCCUGGCUUGCCCACUCACCUCUGGGAAGAAAGACUAAGAGACUUCUUUUACUUGCAUUAAAAGAACUUUUAAUUGUGCUGAA